AGUAUCAUGUAUAACCUCCUUCCCUGGUUGAUGGUGAACAGUAUAUAUCACACGUGUUGAGGAAGAACAAAUCAAUUCAUUGAGUAACCCUCACUCACACUGUACGAGGCUUCGCGUUUCUUGUGUGGUUUGAAUCGGGUGCCUUUUGUUUUACGGUGCAAAGUCUCUGAUUGAGUAUUUGGUUAAGCAAAUGACAACUUUGUGCGGUGCGAUCCUUUGAGCCAGCCUAUCUCCCUCAUCGAUUGGCCCUCAGUAACCUCCUCCUGUGUAACUGCUCUCCCGCCCCCGCCGCCAAGAUGGUGGCCGGCCUGGACACGGUGUCCCAGAACAGCGGGGUGAGGUUGAAACAGGAGAUCUCCCUCCUGCACGGCGUCUGCCUCAUCGUGGGUAACAUGAUCGGCUCCGGCAUCUUUGUGUCUCCAAAGGGGGUCCUCUUACACACCGGGUCGUUUGGGCUGUCUCUGGUGGUGUGGGCCAUCGGAGGCAUCUUCUCCGUCUUCGGAGCGCUGUGCUACGCCGAGCUGGGCACCACCAUAACCAAGUCGGGAGCCUCGUACGCCUACAUCCUGGAGGCCUUCGGGGGGCUCCUGGCCUUUGUUCGGUUAUGGACGUCGCUGAUGAUCGUGGAGCCGGCCUGCCAGGCAGUCAUCGCCCUCACCUUUUCCAUCUACCUCGUCCAGCCCUUCUACCCCACCUGCGCCGCCCCUUACGACGCAGUCCGUCUCAUUGCCGCUGCCAUCAUAUGCUUGUUGACGUUUGUGAACUGCAUGAAGGUGAAGUGGGGAGCAAUCCUGCAGGUGGGCUCCACUGUGGCCAAGGUCCUGGCCCUCAUCCUCAUCAUCAUCGCCGGCCUGGUCAGGCUGGCCCAAGGUAACACCCAGAACUUUGAGAACUCGUUCAAGGGCUCAAAGCUGAACCCGGGGGACAUCGCCCUGGCCCUCUACUCGGCCCUCUACUCCUACUCUGGCUGGGACACGCUCAACUUCAUCACCGAGGAGAUCCAGAACCCAGAGAGGAAUCUGCCCCUGGCCAUCGGCAUUUCCAUGCCCAUCGUCACGGUGAUCUACAUCAUGACCAACAUUGCCUACUACGUAGUCAUGGACAUGGAGACUAUCAUCACCAGCGAAGCAGUGGCUGUGACGUUUGCCGACCUGAUUCUGGGUUGGGCCCGCUGGAUCAUCCCACUGGCGGUGGCCAUCUCCUGCUACGGCGGCCUCAACUCCUCCAUCAUCGCCGCCUCCAGGUUGUUCUUCGUGGGGUCCAGAGAAGGUCAGCUGCCCAAGGUCCUGUGCAUGAUCCACAUCAAACGCUUCACACCCAUCCCCGCCCUGCUCUUCAACGGUGGCAUGGCUCUGAUCUACCUGUGCGUGAGCGACGUCUACCAGCUCAUAAACUACUUCAGCUUCAACUACUGGCUGUUCAUCGGCCUGUCCAUCGGCAGUCUGAUCUACCUGCGCAAGAAGUUCCCCGAGAGGAAUCGCCCCGUCAAGCUGAACCUGUUCUUCCCCGUGGUCUACUGCCUGUGCAGCGUCUUCCUGGUGCUCAUGUCCCUCUACAGUGACCCCAUCAACUCCCUGGUGGGCAUCGGCGUGGCUCUCUCCGGCGUACCCGUCUACUUCCUGUGCAUCCACCUGCCGGCCAGCUCCAGACCGCCCUUCCUGAACAAAGCCAUGGAUUCCUUCUCCCGGCGCACACAGAUGAUGUGCCUCUGCUGCGAAGCCUCCCCCGAUAUCGACCUUGACAAUCUGGACCCAGAUAAGAUUCGAUGAGAGGAUUACGAAUUGAGGAAGGAGUUUGGAGAGGCCAUUAACCAGAGAAGCGGAUGUGAUGUGAACGUGGCUGAAGGAGCGAUCCAAACUUGAGUUGAGCAUCCAGUAGGAGGACUGCAAGGAUUCACACAGGACUGGCUGACAAUCACAGAUUUGCACUAUCCCACACGGCCGCCUGGCUACAAUGUUUCUGAGGCGUCGCAGCUGUGGAUGUAUUUAUGUAUUUGCAAGACUUGGACAGUGAGAAUUCUUGUGAUAGUUUAACGAAUGCUCAUCACUCGAGCUUCAACAGGGCGCUUUGGACUCAACACAGGAUGCCGUAUACAUUGGAUUCUAUUUUUGUGAUUGUUGUGCAAUCAAAAAAAAGAAGUUUUUUAACUAUUAAAAAGAUGUUGACUUUCGAAAUGUUUAUUUGAUAAAAAGUUUACAGCCCCAACGGCAGAUGAUGCUUGAUGAAAGCCAAUUUGAAAACCAGUGUAAAACUGUUUCAUCCAGUAUACUUUUUGUUUUUACCGUAGCAAUUCUUGGAGUUAAUCUUUUUGUACUUUCGUUGCAAAUCUGUAGGAUUUAGAGUUCAUGAAGAACAUGGCAUUCCAUUACGGCUCAGUUUCUACGUUCAGGAUUUAUAUAAUAUCAUAAAUUGCCUUUAUCACCAAUCACCACUCAAAAACUUGAUUAUAGGAACUAGACAACAUGCUUGCCCUGUUCUGUAUUCUUUAUUUGUAUGGUACGUUUUGAUUUUACCUUGUUGAAGACCUAAAUAUGUAUCUAUCUCUAAAGGUUCAUCUUGUACAAAGCUUCCUCUACACCCACGUUCCUGCUCACCAAAUGUUCAUCUUCCUGUGUUCAGCUGAUGUGCAACACCUUGUAAUGACCAAAGGUUUCUCUGUGGGAGGGAGUCCACUCGUGUUUGUUUUAAUAUAAAAGCAAAAUAUUUCA